AUGCGCCUCGCCGGCGGCGCCGGCUCCCCCCGGGCUGUGCCCUCACCCGGGAAUGGCAGCCGGUGGCGGGCGGCGGAGCCCGGCGGCGGCAGCAGCCCCAGUCCCGAGGCGUGGUCGGGGUCGCCGAACGGCAGCCUGGGCGGCUGGGACCCCUUCGGGCGGGACGAGGAGCUGGCGAAGCUGGAGAUCGCGGUGCUGGCCGUCACCUUCGCCGUGGCGGUGGUGGGGAACGGCAGCGUGCUGCUGGCCCUGCGGCGCACGCCGCGCAAGGCGUCCCGCAUGCACCUCUUCAUCCGCCACCUCAGCCUGGCCGACCUGGUGGUCGCCUUCUUCCAGGUGCUGCCCCAGCUCUGCUGGGAGGUGACCCACCGCUUCCACGGCCCCGACGGGCUCUGCCGCGUCGUCAAGCACCUGCAGGUCUUCGGCAUGUUCGCCUCGGCGUACAUGCUGGUGGCCAUGACCGCCGACCGCUACAUCGCUGUCUGCCACCCGCUGAAGACGCUGCAGCAGCCCACCAAGCGCUCGUACGGGAUGAUCGCGGCGGCCUGGGCGCUCAGCCUGCUGCUCAGCACCCCGCAGUACUUCAUCUUCUCCCUCAGCGAAGUGGAGCGCGGCUCGCAGGUCUACGACUGCUGGGCGCACUUCAUUAUGCCCUGGGGGCCCCGCGCCUACAUCACUUGGAUCACCGGCGGCAUCUUCAUCGCGCCUGUCCUCAUCCUCAUCAUCUGCUACGGCUUCAUCUGCUACCGCAUCUGGCGCAACGUGCGGGGCAAGACGCGCCCGGGGGAAGCGGCAGCAGCGGGUGGCGGUCGCCGGGCAGGUGAUGAUGGUGGCCCGCGACGGGGGCUGCUGCUUGCCCCUUGUGUCAGCAACGUCAAAACCAUCUCCCGCGCCAAGAUCCGCACCGUCAAGAUGACCUUCGUCAUCGUCUCGGUGUACGUCGUUUGCUGGGCGCCCUUCUUCACCAUCCAGAUGUGGUCCGUGUGGGACCAGCGCUUCCCCUGGGUCGAUUCUGAAAACACUGCAACUACUGUUACGGCUCUGCUGGCCAGCCUGAACAGUUGCUGUAACCCAUGGAUCUACAUGUUCUUCAGUGGGCACCUCCUCCAAGACUGCCUACAGAGCUUCCCUUGCUGCCAAAAAAUAAAGCAAACGCUGAGUAAAGAAGAUUCAAACAGCAACAGCAGGCGACAGACUUCUUUCACCAACAACAGAAGCCCAACCCACAGCCUAAACACAUGGAGGGAGAUGCCCCACUCCAAAUCAACCAGCUUCAUCCCCAUCCCAACAUGAGACAGGCCUCAGGGCAGGCAGGGCUUGCAGUCCUGUCACAGUGCUUGGGAAGGUUGUGGAAUGGCACUUUAUGCCAAUCCAGGCCACCAUCAUGGUACCAAGGAAUGACUAAAAUGGCCAUGAGACAAAAAGUGCCCCCUUGCUUCAUAAGCUAUGCUGCAGUAUGUAAAUUAUUUUCUGAAAGUUUUUUAAGAUUAGGGCAACUGAUCAGAAAGGUGUGGCAACAAUAAAGCAGUUAUUUUUUUAAAUAGAAUUUAUUUUAAUUUUUGUCUGUUCCUAAAAUGCUAAGUGCAUUGUUGCUUGCUGUUUAAAACAGUCAAAACAAUGGAGUUUUCAUGUAUUGGGCUAACUCCACUCUAGUGUUAAUGCAUAAAACUUCUCAUGAUUGUCUGAUGAAGUCACAGGGAAAGAAGACAAUUUGAGCAAGAUUACAGUUUAGUCUUAAACAUUACCAGAAAGGAGUUGGGAAAAACUCUUGGCUGUCCAGAUAAGGAAUAGAGUUAGACAGACUCUGAGCUGCUGGAAUUCAGUUGCUUGUGAUGCUUCAUCUUGUGAAGGUCUAGCAGUUCUCAGACACUGAAAUUCAACAGUCCUUUUGAAGGCAAAUCUUUUAGUGCUGUCGAUGUCUCUAUGUGUAUUGUGGGUUUCAUUUUUAGGGUGACAUUUCCUCUUCCUUUAAUGCUGAUGGAAAUUAUACAGCAUAUUUGUGCGUGUGUGUGUUUGUUGUUGCACCUACUUUCAUUUUUUUAAACUAACUUUAAAAAUAUAUUGAUAAAUAAGUAUGAUACGCUAUGACUAGCUCAGCACUGUUACAAACAGUCACACCAAGAAAACUUAUAAUGAAUACCAGAACCACUUGCUUUAUUGGUAGGAAUGCCAUCUUUUCUUUUUUAAUUCACUAGGACGUCUAGGAUGUCCUACAUUGCUAGGUUGUCAAGCAAACAGCCUCACGAGCUCAGAAGAGUGUAGUCAUUUGGUAAGAGCUGCAGAACCAGUGCAUUUCAAGACACAGAUCUGAAAAUCAAACUUAGAAGUCUUCUGGGAAUAUAUAAAAAUUUUGUAAAUUGCAAUAAAAAGUCAUCACAUUUGGUAAUUACAAAGCAUUCAAGGUGUGCUUGUUUUCAACACAAUGCAUGCUAAAUUGACUGUAGUUCGUUUAUAUGGUAAACAAUCCUAUUACAUCUUUCCUUGGAGCCUGUCUCAUAUUGAGGUUGGGUUUUGAAGUCCUUGAGUAAGUUUUGCUGAGUUUUUAAGUCUUGAGAAUCUCUUAGAGAAGUGCAUCUACCUGUCUGCUCUGUUUUCCUGAGCUUGCUGGAUCCUGAAAUCCAGGAGCUCCCCUGGCCCCCUGCAGGACUGCUGACACAGUCCCAGCUGGCUGCUGGAGCACGGGGACUCCAGUGUGGCUGCAGAACCUGCAUGCAAGGAGGAAGCUCAGCAGCAGCUUGCGUUCUUUCUUUCUCAACAAAACCUAACAAACAAGAUCGCUUUUCUAAUUGCUUGAGGAGAUUGCAUGUGGCUUCCACCGAGGAUGGUGCCCAUGCCUGCCUCAAUAAUGGUAGCAGAAAUUAAUGGAGUUAGGUGCAGAAUAAGAUCAUAAACCACUCCAGAAGCUCCCAAUUGAUUAUUUUGGGCAAAGAAUAGGGAACAUUAUGCCUAAAAGAUUCUUUUUUUUUGUCACUAAAGAAAAUCUCGGCUCCAUUCUCUUUCCUUGUGUUUGCUGUUGUUCAGAGCACGAGAAGCCAGAGGACAGUGUGGUGGAAUGGCUUACAUUUAACAGACUAUUUUUUUUGACCACCUUUAAUAUACAAAUGUGACCACAGCUCUCACCAACUCUGGACGAAGGUUUGUGAACCUGAAGCUAUAUUUGAAUCAAAAAAACCAGCAUGCAGUGAUGUUGUGUGUGUGUUUGUGCACAUUAUGUGUACUGUGUAUAUUUUGCAAGUAGGUAAUUCACAGUUACUGAAACUGCAAGUGUUUCAAGUUAAGUACACUAUCCUUUGCUAGUUUUCUGUUUGUGCUACUGCUUUCUUUGUACAUGAAAUAUGUAUUAAAAACCAAUUAGCUGUACUAACAGAAUUUUCAUGUUUGCAUAAUUGAAUGUUUUUUCUAUUACACUUUACAUUCAAACAGAAAAUAUAAUGAAAAAAUGUGUGUAGAAUAUUGUUGAAAAUAAAAAUGAACUGGGUAAUGACCAGUAUACGUAUUAAACCAAACAGAUUCAAAGUAUAAAUUUAGGUUUUUUUCAAAUACAUUACAAAAUCUAGGCUUACACUUGGGGCUUGUGAGCAUAAAUUUCCCCUAUGAGUGUCCUGUAGCUUCUGCAAUUAAACUGACAACAACACAAUUUGUCAAUAUUUGAUUUCCAGACUUUUUUUGUAAAUACUGACUUUUUCACAUAAUUGUAAUGUUGGAAGAUACAACCAAUAUUUUUUAAUUGUUCAUCUGUGGAUAUAUUUUUUUAACAGCUACUUUGGGUUAUCAUGAGGAUGCCGUAAUGGAAACAGAAGGAAACAAAAAAUUGUGAAACCAUUGCAAAUUUAAAAUGGAAACUUGCUCUAAUAAACCUGCAUAUUUAUUUGAUCCAAA